UGUAGAAAACGCGGGAAAAUCAGUAAUUGAUAAUUUGCCAGAAUUUUAUCAUUUUUUGUAAAAUCAUCUUCCUCUCGUUUGAUCUUGAUCGAUCGCAAUUUCGAUGAAUUCUCGGCUUUAAAGUUGAAAAAAUUGUAUAGAAAUAAGGUUGUAACUGGUUCAUUUGUUCCGAAUGUGUAUGUAAUGUUUAAUAUUUCCAAUAAUCAUGCCCUAUGACCAAAUACAAUACUCGCCGAAAUACUCCGAUGAUACGUACGAAUACAGGCACGUGAUCUUGCCAAGUGAUAUAUCUAAAUUUGUUCCUCGUACAUUUCUUAUGACUGAGUCAGAAUGGCGCAAUUUGGGUGUUCAACAAAGCCCCGGCUGGAUUCACUACAUGAUUCAUGGUCCAGAACCUCAUAUUUUAUUGUUUCGACGGCCAAAAUCAACGUGAUAUCAAUUGAAAUUUUUGUAUUGUACCUAUGUAUUUUUUUUGUUUUGGUAUUUUGAUAAUGAGAUUUGAAUUUGAUUAUUUGUAUUUUUGAUAAAGUGUUACUUUAGAUUAUAUUCGAGUAUUUAGUAGCAACUUGAUCUACGUAUUUUUAUACGGCCUCAGUUCCGGAAUGAAUAUUAGAGAAGUUACUUAUACAUUAUUUGAUAUGUAAAAUAAUUUUAUUGUAGGCAUUUUAUUUUUCGAUAAUGUGUGUUUAUCUGAUACGUCCUGAAAGUUGAAAAUUGGUUUUGUAAGCUAAGCUGUAUAGAAAAAGUCAUCCUAUUUUGUAAUAAUUUUGAAUAAAAAAAUUGUUAAUGUCUUGUGGAA